GCUUCCCGAACAAGCAUGCAAAAGAACAAACAAUUCUCCGACGCCGUCUCGACGUGCACCGCACUGCAUGUCCUGGCGUGGUGAAACUCGAGCCAUUGCCAAGCCAUUUAACCACCGGCGUUAGACGCUCGACACACAAUCGCCCCAAACCCCCUCUUCAGCUCCGCGAUUUGACCGGGAAGACACUGGCCCUGGCCUCUGGAAGACGAUGCCCGUAUGAGGCACACGUCAUGUCGUCUCCAGCUGCCCCGACAACCUCGCCAAAGCGCGCGGCGUCGACCAACCCCCGGCGCGCCUUCACAGUCCCUGCGCGCAUCGCAAACAGGCCCUCGUCAGUGCCGCCACCUUCACAUGGUUCCGACGGCAUCGAGACGCUGUUCAUAUGCUCCAGCUCCAAGAUUGUCUCUUUCACAGCCGCGAGCCCUUCAAGGCGCCAGUCCCCCUCGCGCCGCACUAAUGGCAGUGUCGGCGCAUCGCCUUCCAUAGCCUGGAAGACGCCGACAGAGCGCACACUAGCAGUUGGCAUCCUCCGUAUUUAUCGUGUCAUAACAUCCAACGUCUCUUUCCUCAACUCGGGCAACCUCCUGCACACCAUAUUCCCCCGUUCGCAAUGCUGGUGUGUCGACGACCAGUCAAUAUUCGUGCUGCGCAUCCGACAGGACUCGUACUACCGCAUAGAACUGCCAUAUGAGACGGAAGAGGACAAAGAGAAGGUCGCACAGCUGAGAACAGCCCUCGACCAGCUGCUACAAUACGAGAAGACGCAAUGUCCCUUCACCCGCGGUUUCGAAGACAACCUCCCUGAGCGGCCGACUUCACCACCACGAAACCGACCGACAUCGAGAACACCUACUUCCAAGGCGAAGAAGUGGUUGUUCGAUAGGACAUGGGUCCCCGAGGAUGGCUCACGGCCUUCUACUCCUGUAGAAAGUGUAGACUCUGCUGUCGCCCCCUAUGACGACGACGAUCGCUCGAGCAUACACACCGACACCAGUGAAACUGUAUCAGAGGUUUCUUCAUGGAAGCCUCCACGCAGGCUGUCUGUAAGGGAGCGUGCCAUGUCCUUUCAAAGUCUACGGUCAGCCACAAUGCCACUCGGCCCCAGAAGACUUCGAUCAGUGUCUUCUAUGCAACACAUUGUCGAGUCGUCAAAAGAGGAGGAAAAGCCCAUCGAGCCCAAGAAGGAGGUGGUCGAGCGAAAGGAUUUGAUUGAGGUCGCCAGCCCCAAGAAAAGCCCAGAACCUUUCUACUCGUUGGACGAAUCCACUCCGCCCACGCCAUUCUACGAUGCGCAGUCCGAGUUUCUUGAUCUUUACGAUGCCCACGCCGAACUCCUCAACACCUGGGCGGCUAUCCCUGCGAUGAAGGACGAGUCGAGGGGACGGGCCAGACACCGUCGUCAGUAUUCUGAAAGCACUGUGCGAGCGGAACCCACCACUCCGAUCACACCCAUAAUCAUGUUCCAUCCUAGCACGACAUCGACGCCAUCAACUCCACCACUUGUCAGCGAUUCAGAUGAAGAUAGUGUGGAGCUCCCGGGCACAGAUGCAGCCACUCCACCAGACGCGAUGCGGAAGAAGAAACUGACGGGUGCUUCUCAAAAGCGAGCCUUUUCUCCAAUGCCUCCAUCACAAGCCCUCUUCCGCCGACCCAGCGCCACACCUACACGAGAGUUCACAAAUGCUCUAGUACGCAAGACGUGUGAAAUUGUGCUUGGACCCCCAGCGCAUCUGGUCUCACUCAUGCUCCGCAUCGCUGCCAACAUGUCGACUGGCUUUAAUUUCAGCACAUACGGGGUGCAGCGCGCAGAGACGGCACCUAGCACUUGGGAGUCGAGCGACGAGGUCGAGUGGCCCGAAGAGGAUGAUUUCGGCAUUCCCCUUAAUAACCAUGGGGAGCCAAUAGCCCGUAGACGAACAUUUACUAGCGAAGCGGGUCGCUGAAUGGAAGCGACGACGAGAGUUUGAGGACAACCACUGGACGUAUGUACCUCACAGACGAUACCAAGCGUGGUACAUGAUUUCAUGUCUGCAUUUACACGAUGAGGCGAUUUGGAUUUCUUUUUGGGAUAGCUUGCAUGGCAUUUGUACGAUUUUCGUCACUUCUUUGGAACAGCAUAUAUGAUUGUAAUAUAACGGCGAGCAUGACGACGGAGCAUAUACGGACGAAUACGAUGAAGCAUCACCUGCACACAUCCCACAUGAGCGUCUCAUGCACUGGCCAGCCACCUGUCUCUUUUUCGCGGCGACGGUGUGCUCUCCGUCGGCGGCAGAUCAAGUCAUGGUAUCGUCGAUGGCGGGACCUUGCAGGAAAUUGGUGUAUGACACGCUGAGGUCUUGAGCAAAUCUUAACAGCUGCAGUCGAGUUUAGCGCCGCAGAAAAAGCUGCAAGAGCGUCACCUGAUCAUGCGGCCGGCCCCU